AUGUCAAAACGUUCCUAUAAGAACUCUCAUAGAAAGAUUCAUAGGAAAAAAGAGUUUUAUAAUCAAAGUUUUCAAGAUUUUAUUGUACAAAAUCUUCAAUAUCUUUCUGCUUAUCAACAAGAAAUAGCAUUAACAAUAAUACUAGUAUUUCUUUUUAUCCAUGUAUUUAUUCCAUCUCAGAAUAUUACACAAAAACUUUUUUAUUUAUCUUAUUGCAAUGUCACACAUUGUACUAAAGGUAAAGACGAUUGGUACUUUGUUGCAUUCUGGAUAAUCCUAUUUUCCUUUAUUCGUGAAAGUGCCAUUCGCUAUAUUUUUAUCCCUUUUGCCCGAAAUAAUGGGGUUAUGAUCAAAAACCUUAAUAAAUUCUCGGAACAAGCUUGGUGUUUUCUAUAUUAUCUUAUUUUUUGGAGCUUCGAAACAUAUAUUGUGUAUAAUAGCCCAUAUUGGUUCAACUAUAAACAAUUAUGGAUUGGAUAUCCACAUAUUGAGCUUAAAAAAUACUUUAAAUGGUAUUACCUUGUUCAGUUCUCAUUUUGGAUUCAUCAGAUUUUUGUUUUAAAUAUUGAAACACGACGAAAAGAUUAUUACGGAAUGCUUUUUCAUCAUAUUAUUACAUGUAUCCUUAUAUUCAUGAGUUAUGUCUAUCAUUUUACCCAAGUUGGUAAUGUAGUCAUGUGUAUUAUGGACAUGUCGGAUAUUUUUUUAUCAUUAGCGAAAAUGCUAAAAUAUUUAAAAAUGCAAAAAACUUGUAAUUUUUCAUUUUUUAUAUUUCUUAUUUCAUGGAUUAUCACAAGACACUUUUUCUUUCUAUUUAUAUUAUAUUCGACAUAUAAGGAUGCUGGUGUUAUCAUUUCACACAAAUGGGAUCCUAUAAACAAUAUAUUUUUCACCAAAAAAAUUCACAUGUCGUUUUUAGCAUUACUUUCUGCAUUACAAUUUAUUUUAUGCUUUUGGUUAUGUCUUAUUAUUAAAGUUACAUGGAAAGUUAUUACAGGACACGACGCAGAAGAUAAUCGUUCAGAAUCAGAAAAUGAUUCAGCAUACGAUGAUGCAUCAGUGCCGCAAACACAUUUAAAUAAUACAGAACUUCAAAUUUCAAAAAGAACUAUGUCAAAGAUAAAUUCACAUAAAUUCAUUAAGAUUAAUAGUUGUUAA